AUAAUAAUAAUAAUAACCCUCUAAUCAAACCCCAUCCAUUUGGUUCGGUUUGGUCUCAUCUCUGCAAAUACUCAAAUUUAUAUAUAUGUUUCGAUGACGGAAUUAGGCUCUAAUACUCACCGGAGAGCGCCUGAAAUCCCUUCACUUCAUGGGCACUUGCGCUCAAGGAAGAAGCAAUUACAUACUUCUCCGCUGGACACAAUUGGUUUAUCAUCUUAAGUUUGACCUGUAUUCCGAUAAUCUGAAAAUGGGAUCAGUUGGUGGAGCGAGGAGGACGGAUGAACUAAUAGUAAAUCGUGGAGGAGCUGCACAUGAUGAAAUUGAUAAACAGGCUUUGUUUCGUUAUUGUUCUCUUUAUGUUCAAGGCUUCCCUGUUUCUUCUUCUCUUUUUUCUGUUUCUCAGUUUGGGCAUGGCCAGUCCAACCCGACGUAUCUAAUCGAGAUGCAGUCAGGUCCUUUAGUGAAGAGGUAUGUUUUGAGAAAAAAGCCUCCUGGGAAACUUCUCCAGUCUGCUCAUGCUAUCGAAAGAGAGUAUCAGGUGCUUCAUGCAUUAAGUACACAUACGCAAGUUCCUGUACCCAAAGUGUUUUGUUUAUGUACAGAUUCAAGUGUAAUUGGAACUCCAUUCUACAUCAUGGAGUUUUUGGAGGGACGCAUCUUCUUAGACCCUAUGCUACCUGGUGUAGCACCUAAUAGGAGGGCGGCUUUGUACCAUGCAACUGCUAAAGCUUUGGCUUCUAUUCAUGCUGCAAAUGUUGAUGCAAUCGGUCUGGGAAACUAUGGCAGACGAAAAAAUUACUGUAAACGGCAGGUGGAAAGGUGGGCAAAUCAAUACAUUGCUUCUACUGGUGAAGGAAAAUCUGAAAGAAACCCAAAGAUGUUGACAUUGAUUGAUUGGUUGCGACAAAAUAUCCCUUCAGAAGAUUCAUCUGGAAGCACAGCAGGUCUAGUCCAUGGUGAUUUUCGGAUUGAUAAUCUAGUUUUCCAUCCUAUUGAGGAUAGAGUGAUUGGCGUUCUUGAUUGGGAGUUGUCGACUCUUGGAAAUCAGAUGUGUGAUAUUGCAUACAACUGUCUGAUGUAUGUCGGCGAUAUGUCACGGGAUAAAGUGAAACACAAUAGCGGUUUUGAAAUUACUGACGCUCCUGAAGGAAUUCCUUCUUUGGAAGAACACCUAACUGAUUACUGCUCUGCUGCAGGAAAACCAUGGCCUGUUGCUGGAUGGAAGUUUUAUCUUGCGUUUUCACUUUUCCGUGGUGCGUCAAUCUUAGCUGGUGUCCACAGUAGAUAUAUUAUGGGUAACGCAUCCGGUGGAAAGCGUGCCGAAGAUGCAGGGGAAAAAGCCAAUGAUCUUAUACAAAUUGCUUGGUCUUAUAUAGAGAGGGAAACUGUUCUGUCACAAACCCCUCCAUCAAUCACAAGAGGGAAGGAUUACGUUCAUGGUAUUGCCAACGACAAGAAAGAUCGAGGGUUGGAAGACGGGGGGAGAUUUGUUCCUAACAAAAAAGUUCAGGAGUUAAGAGAAAAAUUAAUUAAGUUCAUGGAAGAUCACAUAUACCCGAUGGAGCACGAGUUCAGUAAGCUUGCUCAGUCUUCCAUGCGCUGGACGAUUCACCCACAAGAGGAAAAGUUGAAGGAAAUUGCAAAGCAAGAAGGCUUAUGGAAUCUUUUUAUACCUCUGGAUAGUGCUGCAAGGGCAAGAAAAGUUCUUUUUGAAGGCAAAGAUGAUGAGGUCAUUGGAAUGGGAUUUCCUAACCAAUUGGGUGCUGGGCUCUCGAAUCUUGAAUAUGGAUACCUUUGUGAGAUCAUGGGUCGCUCAGUAUGGGCUCCACAAGUGUUCAACUGUGGGGCACCUGAUACCGGAAACAUGGAGGUAUUAUUGCGGUAUGGCAGCAAAGAACAGCUUCAAGAAUGGCUUAUUCCAUUGCUGAAUGGGACAAUCCGGUCUGGAUUUGCAAUGACAGAGCCUCAAGUUGCAUCUUCUGAUGCAACUAAUAUAGAGUGUUCUAUAAGAAGAGAAGGCGAUAGUUAUGUCAUAAAUGGAAAGAAGUGGUGGACAAGUGGAGCCAUGGAUCCUAGAUGCAAGCUCCUUGUACUUAUGGGGAAAACUGACUUUAAUGCGCCAACUCAUAAGCAGCAAUCCAUGAUUUUGGUAGAUAUUAAUACUCCUGGUGUGACGGUAAUAAGACCACUCACGGUGUUCGGCUAUGAGGAUGCACCACAUGGGCAUGCAGAGAUUUCAUUUGAGAAUGUUCGUGUUCCAGCUAAGAAUAUCCUUUUAGGAGAGGGCCGUGGCUUUGAGAUUGCACAGGGUAGGUUGGGUCCAGGGAGGUUGCAUCACUGCAUGCGAACAAUAGGUGCAGCAGAACGAGGGAUGCAGUUGAUGGUUCAGAGGGCUCUUCAAAGAAGAACGUUCGGAAAAUUUAUAGCUGAACAUGGCUCUUUUCUCUCUGAAUUGGCCAUGUGUCGAAUAGAACUAGAGAGAACCAGGCUAUUAGUUCUUGAAGCUGCAGACCAACUUGAUCGGCAUGGAAAUAAGAAAGCUCAAGGGGCCCUUGCAAUGGCCAAGGUAGCAACUCCAAAUAUGGCUCUGAAGGUGCUCGACAUGGCAAUUCAAGUGCAUGGGGCAGCAGGCGUAUCAGGAGACACUGUUUUGGCCCAUCUUUAUGCUGCAGUUAGAACUCUGAGAAUCGCCGAUGGUCCAGACGAAGUUCAUUUGGGGACAAUUGCCAAAUUAGAAAUAAGAAAAGCCAAGCUUUGAAGAUUUCAUAAGUGUCAUAUUUAUGCAGCUUUAAAGUGAUGAAGUAAAACGUACAAAAAAUAAAUCAGAGAACCAAAAUGUCGAAACAAACUAUUAAUCCAAUGUUUCUUAGUUAUGGUUAAUGAGGCAUCUAGCUUCUGUGUUUGAAAGAUGUAAACCCAUAAAUGAUUUUGUAAAAUAUAAGCCCUUGUUACAAUAAAUGAUUGAGAUUGUAAAAUAUAAGCUGCUCUUGUUAAUUGUACCCAGAAAUUGUUACAGUAAAUAAAGUGCUGUUUUAUGAA